UCCUGUAACACUAUAACUUCCACGUUCACCACGUUACUGCAUCCUUAGCUUUCAAUUUUCUUUCUUAAAUAGCUUCAUUAUUGCACAGAGUUAAACCACAUAGCAAAGUGAGAAAUUUCCUAAAGCUCUCAAAUUUCCAGAUAGCUUCACUGACACAAACAGCAAUUAGCAAUAUUAAAUCACUAGUGAGGAAAGCAAAAAUGGGUUCAACUUUCUUCUACACUAGCCUCUGUUUUGUCGCGCUUACAAUUACAUCUUUUGUUGUUGCUGCCUCCGCUGAGGAAUUCAAAGUUGGUGAUGCUGUGGGCUGGCGUGAGCCAAGCAUCAAUGAAACGGAUCUCUAUAAUCAUUGGGCCUCAAACAAGAAAUUUCAUAUCGGCGAUACACUUCGUUUUGAGUACAGGAAUGACUCGGUUAUUAAAGUGGGCAAAUGGGAAUUUUAUCAUUGCAACAGGACUCAUCUGGCCACGGCCGGUAAAGAUGGCAACAGAACAAUGAAUCUCAACAGGGCCGGCACGUUCUACUUCGUGAGCGGCGAUCCAGAACAUUGCAAAAACGGCCAGCGUUUAGCCGUAGAAGUUUUCCCACUGCAUCCCAUCUCGGAAUCUCCACCGCAACCAAUUUCACCGUCGCCGUCGCCAUCGUCGCUCUCAAUCUCGGCGUCGGUUUCUUCAUCAAUUCCGUUGGCGUUCGUUUCGGCGUUGUUUAUUUCGGUUAUUGUUGUAGCGAUUGCUGGGUUAGCAUGAGCCCCCUCCCUGUUGUUGUGUGUUUAUUUUUCUAGUAUGAAUAUUUUAUUUAGGUUAGUAAUUUAGGUUGUUUAAUUUCAUGCAUUAUGGUUGGGAUAGGUUUUAAUUAGAAUGUUCUAUUGAUUUCUAUUUUUCACA